UGCAAAUGAGAGGCAGCAGCGGAGCGCAGCGUGUGAUGGGCGAUCGCAUCGCGGGGAGGGCCCGGAGGAGAUGCUUUUGCAAACCUUCCCUCUCCCAUCACGAUCACCUUAGCUCAAUCAGCGCAACCUUUUCUGGGGUUGGCUGGGCAGGGGGGGUGGGGGAGAAAGUGGCCAGCAUGGCGGCUUGUGGAGUUCGCUUUCGAUCCGGUGACUGCACUAUCCCAGAUGUAAGAGUGUGAGGAGCUGGCGUUUCUCUCACUGCCCGGGACUGGACAGAAAGCUCCCAACACACACACACACACACACACAAAGCCAGGCGCAACAGUCCGAUACACACACACUCACUCACUCUCUCUCUCUCACACACACAGAGUAACUCUGUGGAUGGAAGGCACGAUGCAGCCUCACGCCGGGCUGCUCUGGGUUCUUGUGAGCUUGGCUGUACAGAGCGUCACCUCCAAAGGCAAUAGUCUCCGGGACACCGCGCAAUGCGAGCUUCCCAAGUCGCAAAGAGAAAUGAACUCGUUCCUAUGGUCGAUCCGGAGAGAGCCCCCGGCGUAUUUAUUUGGGACCAUUCACGUCCCUUACACCAGAGUGUGGGACUUUGUGGCGGAUAACUGCAAGCGAGCCUUCCAGCACAGCAACAGCGUGUACUUCGAGCUCGACCUGACCGACCCGUACACCAUCUCAGCCCUGACCAGUUGUCAAAUGCUGCCACACGGGGAGAACCUGCAGGAUGUGCUGCCCAGGGACCUGUACCGCAGGCUCAAGCGGCACCUGGACUAUGUGAAGCUGAUGAUGCCCCUGUGGAUGACACCCGACCAGAGGGGCAAGGGGCUGUACGCGGAUUACCUGUUCAAUGCCAUCGCCGGGAAUUGGGAGAGGAAGAGGCCCGUCUGGGUGAUGCUGAUGGUCAACUCGCUGACCGAGGCCGAUAUCAGGUCCCGGGGGGUCCCCGUCCUCGAUCUCUACCUCGCCCAGGAAGCCGAGAGGAUGAAGAAAAGGACCGGGGCGGUGGAGCGGGUCGAAGAACAAUGCCACCCUCUCAAUGGGCUCAAUUUCUCCCAGGUCCUCUUCGCUUUAAACCAAACUCUGCUGCAACAUGAAAGCCUCCGAGCAGGCAGUUUGCAAGCCCCUUACACAACAGAGGACCUCAUCAAGCAUUACAACUGUGGGGACUUGAAUGCUGUCAUCUUUAAUCAUGAUACAUCCCAAAUGCCUAACUUUAUCAACACCACCCUCCCGCCACAUGAGCAGGUGACAGCUCAGGAGAUAGACAACUAUUUCCGCCAGGAGUUAAUCUACAAGAGAAAUGAAAGAAUGGGCAAAAGGGUGACAGCUCUUCUGGAGGCAAACCCAGAUAAAAGCUUUUUCUUUGCAUUUGGAGCAGGUCAUUUCCUUGGGAACAAUACAGUGAUUGAUGUCUUAAGGCAAGCAGGCUAUGAAGUUGAGCAUACACCUGCAGGACAGCCAUUCGAACUGAAAAAGACAGAGAAAAGUGAAUUAUCUUCAGGUAGUUCGUCGCUUCCAUCAACUUCCACUCCAAUUGAUGCGUCAUUGGAAGAUUCCAUGCCACUUCCUUCUGAGACCUCUCCUGUUGAUUUAGAUGAUGACAUCAUUUCUCCUCACCUCCUGAUGCCAGACAGCCUUAGUCAAUUGGAAGAGUUUGGCCGCCAAAAGAAACGGCAGAAGAAGCUUCCCAAGCAACAGCGUCAACGACAGUUCAGUGACCUAUGGGUUCGCAUUGAAGAGAGCACAACAGUCAUGCCAUCCAAUAUCAGAAUUAUCAACGGUUACAUCACAGUGGAACCUGCGCACGAACCUUCACAUCCAAAGGAGCAACGUCUCACUCUCAACACUGCCUCAAUGGCCACCGCCCCAUCAGCAACUGUGCUCCUUGGUGGGGUAGUCUGUUUAAUCUGGAGUCUGCUGUGGCCUUCCUGACCCUCUGCACACGUAAUCUUAACCCACACCAUUAAGAGAAAAAAACCUUAAAAGAAUUUCUGGUGUUAGCUGAUGGAGCUUUUUGUCAUUAAACAUAGGAAGUGCCUGUGCCUUCAGCUUGGUGGACCCCACAAGACUUGGUUGCAUCAGAACUGUCAUGUUCUUUGUGAUGAUGCAGAAGAAACUAAAAUGAGACUCAGAAGCUCAAACAGCCAUAUGGUGACAGCAUCUUCUUUUUGUAGAAGGAUAUUUUCCCAUGAUGCUAUGGGACACUGUAAAUUUACUCCUGAUAGUCUAUAUGUUCAAAUAAUGUAUAUUUAUUCCCCAUCAAAAGUUAAUGUUUUUGUUACAUAUAUGACUCCAAAACAAAAAGUCCAGAGCUCUGAAAAGUUAUGAUUUAAUCUGUUCAAGCAAGGCCCAUUUUAUCCCAAAUGUCAACUAUUUAUUUGUUGAGAAAUGUAUUAGCUGAAGAUUCCUUCUGAGUCCCACUUUAAAGCAUUAACGAUUCAGUUAAUGUUCAGUUUAUCCUAUAGACCUGAAGAUAACUGAAAGAUGUCUGUCCUGUUCAUUCUUCUUAAAGGUUAGGAUGUUUUCCUGCAGAACCGUGGUUAGUAAGUCUCACAUCUGAACCUUAUAAGCAAACAUGUUCCACAUUUGAAAGAUGACCUGUAUUCUUAUUGAGCUAACAAAGCUGAUAUUACAGAAGCAUCUGCCUCAUCCAGUCUAUUAAAGAUUAAAAUCACUCUAUCUAGGCACCCACAUUAUACAUUGUUUCAUGCCUCUGUAACCAUAGUGAUUAAAAAAGUUAUUUCAUAUUUGCUCAGUUAAACCUACAUUGUAUCCUCGAUUAUACAUAGUAGCACAGAUAUCUUUUGGGUCAGUAGAUAAACCUGGAGCUUCUGGCUCAGAGACACAAGUACCCACAAGGUCUUGUUAGCCAUGGGAGAAGCCUUCACCAUGCAGUUUGUAAGUUUGAUCAGUCUGUGAACCUUUCCACUACUUGCCCACGAUUGUUCAAAGGGAAGAGAUGUUUGCAUGAAGAUAGGAGAAGGAAACACAUGGAAGCAAGUUUGGAUUCAUCACAGUAUAGUUGAUAAAGAACUUAUUUUCUAUAUAGCUGUUUUGAUGGUCUUGAGAUAUCUGAAUAUCCUUCACAGUCAAUGAAUUACACAUCAAAUGUAAUCACUAUUGUUAUCCAGGAAAUCACGUAAGCCAAACUGCAGCUGGCAAAGGUUCACAAAUAUCACUGAAUUAAUCUGUUUUGAUGUUGUUGCUUGAAUGAUCAAUGCAUCCAGAACACCAUAAAGACUCCCAAGUUCUUUAAAUAAUAUCUUUUAUACCAAUAGGAACAGUCAGAUGGGGCCUUUAACAUGCCAUCAAAAAGAUUGUACCUCACAAUACUGUAUUUCCUCACUAUUUUAAUACUUCAGAAUUACAUUGAAGCAUCAGCCCAUACAACAUUCUCAAGUCUACAGUGAGACUUGAACCUUUGAGUGUGUCAGUCAAGAAUGCUCUCUACCACUGAGCAAAGGUAAAUCUCAUAUAAUCCAGCGGCUCUGACAAUUUCAAGGAUACAUGUGUCGGCUGGUGCGAUACAAAGCUGUGCAGAAUAAUAUGUUCCUGGGUAUGAUGUCUGAGCUGAUCUUGGCUGAGACUGCAAAAACAGCAUAAGUGGCUUCAACACCAGGAGAUGGAGAUAUUAAAAAUAUUUGGUGUUGCUGAUGGCUACCCUUGAAACCUGCUGGAGUGUUCUUAUGUACUACUCGGUGCUGAUGUUGUUUGUUGUUUGUUUAAAGUGAUAGUUGAAAUGUAGGCUUUUGAGUGAGGUACUGGAAAGCAGCUGGCUCCUUUGGGAAUGUCCUAUGAUCAAUUCAGGAUCUUUAGCAGAAGUGGAGAGAAUAUAUAAUCUGAUAAUUAAAGCAAAAGGCCCUGUGAUUGUUGAGAGUCCAUCCCAGUAUCGCUUGUAGUGCUUGGUUCCUCCACCACACCAAGACCCAGACUAGAAAUGUUCCCUGCAACACCAGAGAUGGGAUCAUCUGCCAGUUCUGGGUUGGUUAGCAACCACAGCCUGAUCUGUCCUUGCUAAGCAAACCUAUUCCACCUGAGGCCACCUGUGUGGGAUUUAGAGUGUCUUCCUGAAUGUUUGUUUCCAAUCCUGUCCUUACAGAAUUGAUCUUUUAUUUCCAGGUAGAUAUUUGGGUUUUGUAAAAGUGACAAGAGUGCUAUUGAAUCCGUACAGUGUUAAUAAUAACUCAAUUUCAUGUCGGAUUUCAACCGUUAACUCUGUUUCUCUGUCCACAGAUGCUGCAGACCUCAGAACUGCUGAGUUUUUAUUGGAUUUUCCCUGUUUGUUUCAAAUUUCCAACAUUUGCAAUAAUUUGCUUUUAAACAAUUCCCACAGUAGCCUGGAACUCUCCUCCAGCAAAUACCUCAAUUCACAUAAGAGUUUCAGACAGAAGAGAAAGUGGUGGAAAACAUAAAAUUUUUCUGCUAAUGAAAUUUAAACAAUAUAACCAGCCAGCAGAUAUUAUGCACUGAAGAAUUGCUUGUGCAACUUAAGGUAUAUUUACAUCACUCAGUUUCAUCACUAUGAAAUCAUAUCUGUUUCAGACAGUUGGAGUAGACUGAACAUUUAGCACAUGCCAUCAGUCUUUACAGUUUUAAAAACAUCUCCAGAAUUCAUAAGAUGUUCUUUUUCUUCUUCAUGUGGCACGUCUUUUACAGGCAUUUUUUUCAGUUGACAAGCACAUCUGAUAACGACCACUUUGAAGUCCACUGCUAAUGCUCAAGGUUAAUCGUUACUUUCAGUAAUCAUGGGAGUGUUUAAAGGAGAUCGUUUCAUGAAUUGAUUUAGAACUGAAUUUUCAUUUUCUGUCAAAGCCAUGUUCCAUUUCACUGCCAUGUUAGAUCAUAAAAAUAUUUUCUGUGUAGUAAGUGCAUCAUUCGUUUUCAGUGGUGGCAGAUUAACGGCCAAGAUCCAAGGAAACACUCUAUGAUGAGCAAAAGUGCAUCAAAUAGAGCUGAAAAUGGCUAUUUCCUCAAAAGGUUGGCUUAAAUCUAAACAAAAUUUGGACGAAGGGCUACUGCUAUUGCUGAAAUGCUGCUACUGCAGAUAUUGAAUUGCUAAGGGACAGUUUCCCAAAGGCAAUAAUUAGUCUGUCAUAUCGGAUUAGAGAUGUCCCAAUAAAGAUUAUGGCCUCACUGUACUUAGCUAUUUGAACUGAAAUUACCAAUGACGUUCUUUGUUCAUCUAUGCAGAUCACCUGACUUCGCACUGGUGCAUGUGACUUCUGCAUUCAUAUGGACACCAUCCAUUCUACCCAUAUUUAGUUUUCCUUUCUGCUGUGUCACACUGUGUCCUUCAUCAUUCAGUACCUUGUUUUUCACAUUUUAGCUUUGUAAGUGAGAUUACUUCAUUCUUUAGGCGUCCAGCAUGUAUGAUAGAAGCAGAAAGUACCUUAUAUGUGGGUGUUCUGGUGGGUAAGACAAGAAUUUUCUCAACUGUGAUGCCUCGCUGUUUGUAAUUGUCUGCCAAGGCUCUCCUUCAAAAAUCAUACAAUGAAGAAAAGUCAACCUGUGUGUAGUACCAAAAAGUUGCGUCCACCCCUACAGCAAGGUCCCAGCAUUGCCUGGCUCUGCUGGGAAAGGCAACAGAUUUGGAUUCAAAAAAUAAAAUGACUGCACAUCAAUUUUGUCUUCCUCAGUCUCAAAAAUGCUCAGUGAACACCACUGGUUUGAUAUCCUGUGGUUGAUCAGUCAUCUAAAUCGUGUUAUCACUAAAGUGCUAUUACACCAAUUCUGAACUUAAUGUCAAAGAUUGUUGAGAGGAAAGAGGGCAUAAUGCCAAUGGGAUAUGGGAGCUUUACAAACUUAAGGCUGUUCCAGUACAUUUUCCGACUUGACACAUGGAUUUUUGUUUUAUUUGUUGGUGGUACGUGGGUGUCGCUGACUAGGCCAGCAUUUAUUGCCAAUUCCUCAUUGCAGAAGGUGCUGGUGUCCUGAUAAUAGCCAAGGAACCUGAAGACAGUCCAUUGCCUUAUUCUUCCAAUGACUUCUGUGGAGACGAGUCCCUGCACUUUUUCCAUUGAUAAUUUUUUGGCAGUUCCUUUAAAAAUGUCACCUCCAACUGUAAACUGGUAUUAUGGAAAAAAACACAUCUGUGUGCACACUGAACAGAAAAUGGGUUAUGAAUAAAUUGGUACACAUUAAGUUAUUACAGAAGCAAUAUAUUUUAUUUUUGUCAUCUUUUGGCAUUUUUGUAACAUACCUUGACACCUUUCUCAGCGCACUGCUGUAAAAGAUUCUAUUAAUGUUAUUUUUUCAGAAAUAUUAUUUUUUUAGUGUAAUGUAAUGCUGUAUUGUAAUAAUUUGGAAUAUGUAUUAGAGUAAUUGCAGUAACCAAGUCAAUUUUUUGCAAAGACGAGGUGGUGAAAAGAAAUGGAUUGACUCCAUAGUGAGGUUUUAAAGGCAGGAUCUUGUAAAUUUGAAUCAAUAUGUUUAUUAAUAAUUAUUAUUAUGGAUUUAAGCAUUUUAUAUUCUUGUAGAAAACCAGUACAGAAGCUCAUUACAGUAUUUUCUUCUAUUGUAGCUAUCUAUCCAUGGCCCUACUUACAUGGAGGUGUUCAGCAAUGACUUGCUGGGUUGUUGUAAUUUUUCUCACCUCUCUGUUUAGCCAGAAUUCAACAACUGGAUGAUUGUUAUAUUAAGAGAAAUUUGGCCCAACAUAUCAAAGUAAACCUAAAAUAUAUCAGCUUUGAAAAUGUUGCCUAAAUCAGUAUCUAGUUUAAUAUGCAGGGAACCAUAUAGCAGCUUCUGCUGUCAUGGGGUCCCAACUUCUGUGGAGACAUUUGAUGCUAACCUUUUUUUCUGUAGCAAAAAAAAGUAAAUGGUAUUUUUGAUUUAAUUUGGGAAAUAUGUGCUUUAGGCAGAGUAAUUAUUUCAGGUGGAACGAUUAAUUAUAAGUUUCACACAUUCAUGUAAAUAAGGCCAUAGUUUGCAUUAAUCAAAUGAAUGUAGGAACGUACCAAACCUGAAAUAGAAUUAUUUUGUUUACAAUUUUCACUUGGCUGUGCUUGCCACAAAAUUGUGAAAUUUUGGAAAAAAAAGAAUAAU